AUGGCAGGCGGGGAAGACCGCGGGGACGGGGAGCCAGUAUCAGUGGUGACCGUGAGGGUGCAGUACCUGGAAGACACCGACCCCUUUGCAUGUGCCAACUUCCCGGAGCCACGACGGGCCCCUACCUGCAGCCUGGACGGGGCCCUGCCCCUGGGUGCUCAAAUACCUGCGCUGCACCGGCUCCUAGGGGCGCCACUCAAGCUGGAGGAUUGUGCCCUGCAAGUGUCUCCCUCUGGGUACUACCUGGACUCCGAACUGUCCCUGGAAGAGCAGCGAGAGAUGCUGGAGGGCUUCUAUGAAGAGAUCAGCAAAGGGCGGAAGCCCACUUUGAUUCUGCGAACCCAGCUCUCAGUGAGAGUCAACGCUAUCUUGGAAAAACUGUAUGGGUCCAGUGGCCCUGAGCUCCGCCGUUCCCUCUUCUCACUGAAGCAGAUCUUCCAGGAAGACAAGGACCUGGUGCCUGAAUUUGUGCACUCAGAGGGACUGAGUUGCCUGAUUCGUGUGGGUGCUGCUGCUGACCACAACUACCAGAGCUACAUCCUUCGAGCACUGGGCCAGCUGAUGCUUUUUGUGGACGGCAUGCUGGGGGUGGUAGCCCACAGUGAGACAGUGCAAUGGCUGUAUACAUUGUGUGCCAGCCUGUCUCGCUUGGUGGUGAAGACGGCCCUGAAGCUGCUGCUGGUGUUUGUGGAAUACUCUGAAAACAACGCACCGCUUUUCAUCCAGGCAGUCAACUCUGUGGCCAGCGCCACCGGUGCUCUUCCCUGGGCUAAUCUGGUGACUAUCCUGGAAGAGAAGAAUGGUGCUGAUCCUGAGCUGUUGGUGUAUACUGUCACCCUCAUCAAUAAGACACUGGCUGCGCUCCCAGAUCAGGACUCCUUCUACGACAUGACAGAUGCACUGGAGCAGCAGGGCAUGGAGGCACUGGUACAGCGCCACUUGGGCACUGCGGGCACUGAUGUCGACCUGCGCACUCAGCUUAUGCUCUAUGAGAGCGCCCUACGAUUGGAAGAUGGAGACUUGGAGGAAGCAGCAGCCACUGCAGCUGCAGGUGGUCGGCGGGAGCGGCGAAAGCCCUCUUCAGAGGAGGGCAAGAGGAGCCGCCGAUCUCUGGAAGGGGGAGGCUGUCCUGUGCGCGCCCCAGAACCUGGCCCCACAGGCUCCGCCUCGCCGAUAGGCUCCGCCUCUUCCACCAGUCCUGCCCAGCUGAUAAGCCCUGCCUCCAGCCCUGUGGGCCUUGCCUCUGGGCUUGGUACCUUGGUGAACCUUUUUCCUGCCAUUUCCGUGGCGCCCUCAGCGGGCAACUCCUGUGAGAGGAGCAUCUACAAAGCCCGGUUCCUGGAAGGUGUGGCAGCAGCAGAAACAGAGAAGCAGGCUGCAUUGGCCCAGGGCCGGGCAGAAACACUGGCUGGGGCCACACCAGAUGAGGCUGAUGGACCCCCAGGCAUCCGGGAACUAUGGGACUCCUCAGAGCCAAUCCCUGCACCCAGAACACCCCAGAGCCCUGUCCCUCGAGUCCUGCUCCAGGCCCAGCGGAGCCUUGAGCUGGAGCCUAAGGAACCACUGGUGCCACCAAGCCCCAAGGCUGAGCCCAUCCAGGAGCUCCCAACUCGUACACCAAAGCUCUGCAUUGGGGACCUGGACUUCUCAGAUCUGGGGGAGGAUGAAGACCAGGACAUAUUAAAUGUAGAAUCUGUGGAGGCCGGGAAAGGGGCUCCACCCCCACCUCCCCCACUUCCCCUGCACUCUGGAGGCUCCCCACCUCCUCCCCCUCCACUUCCCCUGUACUCUGGAGGCCCCCCACAUCCUCCUCCCCCACCUCCAUCCUUCUGCCCACCACUUCCCCGCUCAGCACCCGACGGCCCAGCCCUCCCCACCAAGAGGAAGACUGUAAAACUCUUCUGGCGGGAGCUAAAGCUGGCUGGGGAUCAUGGGAAGUCUGGAAGCCGCUUUGGGCCCUGCACCACCCUGUGGGCCUCCCUGGAGCCUAUCACAGUGGACACAGCCCGGCUGGAACACUUGUUUGAAUCUCGAGCCAAGGAUGUACUUCCCUCCAAGAAAGCUGGUGAGGGCCGCCGGACAAUGACCACAGUGCUGGACCCCAAGCGCAGCAACGCUAUCAACAUUGGCCUAACCACUUUGCCACCUGUGCAUGUCAUUAAGGCCGCCUUGCUCAAUUUUGAUGAGUUUGCUGUCAGCAAGGAUGGCAUUGAGAAGCUACUGACCAUGAUGCCCACGGAGGAGGAGAGGCAGAAGAUUGAAGAAGCCCAGCUGGCCAACCCUGAUAUACCCCUGGGCCCAGCUGAGAAUUUCCUAAUGACUCUUGCCUCUAUUGGGGGCCUGGCUGCCCGCCUACAACUUUGGGCCUUCAAGCUGGACUAUGACAGCAUGGAACGGGAAAUUGCAGAGCCACUAUUUGACCUGAAAAUGGGAAUGGAACAGCUGGUGCAGAAUGCCACCUUCCGCUGUAUCCUGGCUACCCUGCUGGCUGUGGGCAACUUCCUCAAUGGUUCCCAGAGCAGUGGUUUUGAGCUGAGCUACUUGGAGAAGGUGUCUGAAGUGAAGGACACGGUGCGCCGGCAGUCGCUGCUGUACCAUCUCUGCUCCCUGGUACUCCAGACCCUACCUGAUUCCUCGGAUCUCUACUCAGAAAUCCCUGCCCUGACCCGCUGUGCCAAGGUGGACUUUGAGCAACUGACUGAGAACCUGGGACAGCUGGAGCGCCGGAGCCGGGCAGCUGAGGAAAACCUGAGGAGCUUGGCUAAACAUGAACUGGCUCCAGCCCUGCGUGCUCGUCUCACCCACUUUUUGGCCCACUGUGCCCGCCGUGUUGCCACACUGAGGGUAGUGCACCGCCGUGUAAACAACAGGUUUCAUGCCUUCCUGCUCUACCUGGGCUACACUGCACAAGCGGCCCGUGAAGUGCGCAUCAUGCAAUUCUGCCACACGCUGCGGGAAUUUGCCCUGGAGUAUAGGACUUGCCGUGAACGAGUACUGCAGCAGCAGAAGAAGCGAGCCACUUACCGUGAGCGCAACAAGACCCGAGGACGCAUGAUCACUGAGACAGAGAAGUUCUCAGGUGUGGCAGGGGAAACCCCCAACAAUCCACCUGUCCCAAUGGCUGUGGGGAGUGGACCAGGACAGGGUGAUGCUGACAGUCAUGCCAGUAUGAAAAGUCUGUUGACCAGCAGGCCGGAGGACACCACACAUAGCCGCCGCAGCAGAGGUAUAGUCCAGAGCAGCUCCCCAGUCAUGCCGCCAGCAGUGGGACCUUCCACUGCACCCUCUGAAGAAUCCCCAGGCUCCAGUUUACCCAGUGACACAUCAGAUGAAAUCAUGGACUUGCUAGUGCAAUCAGUGACCAAGAGCAAUCCCCGAGCAGCUACAGCUCGAGAAAGGAAGCGUUCCCGUGGCAACCGUAAAUCUUUGAGACGAACACUGAAGAGUGGACUUGGAGAUGACCUGGUGCAGGCACUGGGUCUGAGCAAGACUCCUGGCCUGGAAGUGUGAAGGUGCUGCCUCAGGAAAUCUAGCUGGAUCCCAGCCUGCAGCAUAAGAGACUACAGAGCAAGGAGAACCCAAAGCAAAAUUCUGGUCUCAGAACCCAGUGUCCAGGGACUGACCAGUACCUUAAGCAGUAUUAGGUGUGUGUGUGUGUGUGUGUGUGUGUGUGUGUGUGUGUGUACACGUGUACGCGCAUGCACGCAUGGGCUCAUGUGUGAGCUCCCUACUUGCCGCAAAAUAAAGUUUUCGGAGCUAA